GUAGAUUGUUCCAUAUCUCGAUGUAAUUCGAAAAUAUGAGAUGAGAACAUGGAUUUUACCACUGCAGAUGGAAUACAAUUCACUUCCAAAAGCAGUUGCCCGUCCCGUAACCCGACUUCAUGAAAUUGGAAGAGGUUUGCAUUAAGGCUCGAGCUUCCACGGGCUUUUUUAUCGGCAGAGUAAGCUCAUCAGUUUCUUCUCUUCUGCAAUCAUGGGCCUGAGUCGAUUUUCGCCUUUCGGUCAGCAACUCUCUGAGGGCAUUCGAUGAACCGUAACCGGCAUAAUACGGGCUAAUGGAAUGUCUAGGCCGGAUUGAUCUAUGUGCUUAAUAGAAGGUUUUAUUCAGUUCUUUAACAGGGAUGCUGUUGAGGAAUUCCCGAGAAUCCUCGAAGAGUUGCCCAGAAUUUGAGAACACCCUUAGCCUGUGCAACGACGACUUUCUCGAACUAGACCGUAGGUUUUUGAGUUCAUUUCUCAGCAGAUAAAACCUUCAACCGCAAUUCAGCUCCCCUCCCCGCUCUGGGCCAUGCCUAUCCUGUACUACUGCAGACAGACCACACCUGGAAAAUUGGCUCCCUUGUCUUUCUCUUGCUUGGAAAAUCUCCUUGAUGUACGCGGCGAGAAUGAACGCAUGACAGAUGAAGUUUGUUCCAGAUUACGAUGAUCAUAAGCGUCAAGUCCCGUUUCGCCUUGAUAUUGAAGCGCUAUGGAUAGUUAUGCUUUUAUGGUGAUCGAACUAUCAGAGCCCUCCUAGAGACCGACUUUAACAUGAAGAUAUGUGCAUUCAGUAUUAUAUUCUUAUCCUGCACGCCGCUUGGCCAAGCCAAGGAUUUGCCGCCAGGCCCGCCCUGCCUUCCGGUGAUCGGGAACCUCCACCAGCUCGACUGCUCCGCAGUGCACCGUUCCCUAUGGAAGCUCUCCAAGACUUAUGGACCCCUCAUGUCGUUGAAGAUCGGGAGCAUCCCAUUCCAAGUGGUUUCAUCGGCAAGAAUGGCAAGGGAGAUUAUAAAAAACCACGACCCUGAAUUCUCCGCUCGUCCCCAGCCCAGAGUGAUGCAAAAACUGUCUUAUAACGGCCUUGAUGUGGCCUUCACGAGCUAUCCCGACAAAUACUGGAGGGAAAUGAGGAGGCUCUAUGUCCUUCACGUCUUCAGCCCCAAAAGGGUCCAAUCAUCUCAGUCCAUUCGAGAGGACGAGGUUUCAAAGAUGAUUAUGGACAUCUCGAGGUACGCGUCAUCCUCGAAAGCAAUAAACUUGAGCAAAAGUUUUCUCUCCCUGACAAGCACGAUCAUCUCUAGGAUCGCGUUCAGAAAAGACUACACCUCGAGAAAGUUCACGAAUGCCGAUUUCUAUUGGCUCCUCCAUGAGGCCCUAGCCCUCCUUGCUAGCCUCUCUUUUGAAGACUAUUUCCCUGUGGUUGGCGGUAUGAUCGAUCACUUCACAGGACUUCCCUCUCGCAUACAGAGAGUUUUUGGGGAGUUGGAUUCAUUCUACGAGACGAUAAUCAAAGAGCACCUCACUCGGGACAGGGCCGGUUCCGAGGAACAAGACAUAAUCGACUUCUUACUGCAACUGAGACAGGACAAUAAGUCAUCCUCGCUUGAUAUCACCACUGAUCGCAUCAAAGCAAUCAUCAUGAACAUAUUCAUAGGGGGAACAGACACAAAUGCAGCAACCUUGGAAUGGGCGAUGACAGCAUUAAGGAAUCAUCCUGGAGUUAUGACCAGACUCCAAGAGGAAACAAGGGCCCUUUUCGGGCACAAGGAUUUCAUAUCCGAGGACGACCUCCCGAGCCUCCCUUACCUCACUGCAGUGGUCAAGGAGACCCUGAGACUGUAUCCUCCUGUUCCGCUGCUACUUCCACGGCAGACAGCCAGUCACUGCACUAUCGACUGUUACAACAUCAAACCCAAGUCCCGGGUUCUCUUCAACGCGUUUGCGAUUGGAAUGGACCCCGAGUACUGGGGGUCGGACCCGGAAGCGUUCUUUCCGGAGAGGUUCAUGGACAGCUCCGUGGACUUCAAGGGACAGGACUUUGGGCUGAUCCCAUUUGGGAGUGGAAGAAGAGGCUGCCCUGGUGUGCUCUUAGCAAGCCAUGUAGUGGAAUUAGCACUUGCUAACUUGGCGAACUCCUUCGACUGGGAACUUCCCCAAGGAAUGGAGGGAGAGGCAGUGGAUACAGAAGCUGCUCCUGGGACUACUACCCACAGGAAGACUGAUCUAUGCCUCCUGCCAAAGAUGAAAGCUCAUUACUCGAUCGAACAGGAGCCAUCGUAGUGAACAGCAUCAUCCCCAUGAUGUGAUUUUGUUGACAGGAACUUUGGCUUUGCAUUAGCAGAAGUUGUCAUGCUCGGUUAAUGCUGCUUGAUGAUUCUAGACGGGUCCGCAACACUUUUGAGAUUUGAUUGAAUGGUCAUUCCCUAA